AUGGGCUUGGAUGCUAUGAAUCAAUCUAUAGCCAAAAAUGCAGCUGAUGGAUCUUUUACGGAUAAAACAUUUGCGAGGAUCACACAAAUCCUUGACAAAAUGGCAAAACAUAACCAAGCUUGGCACUCAGUGGACACAACGGGUGGAAUUGCAUAUGGUACCCCUUCCUUGACCAACAUGAUUAAGGAGAACCAAGAAAGAGAUCAAGUAAUUGCCGGGCUUUCCACCAACGUCAAUGUGUUGACAAAGAUGUUCACUAAAAGCCAAUCAAAAAAGGUGAAUGUGGUGGAAGAUGUUGAACCCACAUCAAAUGAGGAUUACGAGGAAGGAAAUUAUGUCAACAACUCUCAAGGAGGUUAUCAAAGGCAACCAUAUCAAGGUUCAGGACAACAAAACCAAUGGAGGCCUAACCCGCAAGGUUCAAACCCCUAUGUUCCACUAAAGGGACAAUAUUCCAACUCUCCGCAUUGGAAGGAAUGUUCUUCAAGUGAUUCCAAGUUGGAAAACAUGCUUGAACGAGUAUUGCAAAAUCAAGAUAGGUCUGAUACUUCAAUGAGGAAUAUGACCGAGCUUGCCGGUUCUCAUACCGCAUCUAUUCAAAAGUUGGAGAUGCAAAUGAGAUAUCUCUCAAGAGAGCAGAAUCAGAAGCAAAAGGGCACACUCCCAAGUGACACAAUUGCAAACCCAAAAGGUAGUGGGAGCAGUCCAACUUCUCAUUGUAUGGCAAUCACAACUCGGAGUGGGAAAAUACUUAAGGGAGAAAAUGAACAAGUGGUCGAUGUGGAAGAUUCUGAACAAGAAGUUGAGGCACAAGUUGAGGUGCCAGUUGUUGUUGAAGCUGAAAAAGUCCCAGAAGAGGUAAAAAUUCAAGAAGUGAACCGAGAAGAGGUUAAGGAAAGGGUGAAAGAGGCACCAAAAACUCUAGCACCAAUUCCUAGACCUCCUCCUCCUUUUCCCCAAAGACUUUCUAGGAAGGUUGAUGAUAGCAAACUCGAGAAUUUCAAUGACAUUCUCAAGCAACUAUCGGUAAAUAUUCCAUUUGUGGAAGUAUUUCAAGAGAUGCCAGUUUUUGCUAAGUAUUUGAAAGACUUUAUCACCAAGAAGAAAAGCACCAAGAAUGAAGUGUUUGCAAGAGCUCUUUGUGAUAAUAGGGCUAGCAUCAAUUUAAUGCCUCUUGCUAUUUACAAGCAAGAGGGGUUAGGUAUGCCGAGGCCUACAAGCAUGAGGUUGCAAAUGGCCGAUCGUUCAGUGAAGAGAUCGGUGAGGAUUGUUGAUGAUGUUCUUGUGAAAGUGGGAAAGUUCCUCCUCCCCACCGACUUUGUGAUCCUUGAUUGUGUGGUUGACAAAGUAAUCCCUAUCAUCUUGGGGAGACCAUUUCUUGCUACCGGAAAAGCACUUAUGGAUUCGGCACGAAAUGAGAUCAAGUUCCGAGUUAAUGACGAAGAGGUUACCUUUCAAGCAAGUAAGGGUAUGAAGUUGCCACAUGCAUAUGAAAGCAUCUCAGUCAUUGAUGUUGUUGAUGAGGUAGAACAAUUGUUGAAUGUUUUGAUGGAGCACAGGCAAGCCAUUGGGUGGACAAUAGCGGACAUCCGAGGAAUUCCCGCCGGAAUUUGUGAGCAUAAGAUAAAAUUGGAGCAAGAGAGAAAACCAAGUGUGGAGCAUCAAAGAAGGUUAAACCCUUCCAUGCAAGAGGUGGAGUUUGACUUCGAAGUCAAGGAUCGGAAAGGGACAGAAAAUCAAGUUGUGAAUCACCUAUCUAGGCUCGAAGAGGCAGGGAGACCAAAAGAAGACCUUGAAAUCAAUGAUGCCUUUCCAGAUGAGCACAUAUUGGCAUUGUCUAGCACAUUCGCUCCUUGGCGGUGUGUUUUGGAAGAUGAGGUAAUGCCAAUUCUCAAGGCAUGCCAUGAUUCCCCAGUUGGGGUUCAUCAUGGAGGAAGCCGGACGGCUGCAAAGGUGCUUGAAUGUGGCUACUAUUGGCCAGCGAUCUACCAAGACGCAAAUCGAAUGGUCAAGGCAUGCGAUCAAUUUCAAAGAUAA